GCAUCAUGGGCUCACUCAGCAGAGACGAAGACGCACUCAUCCCUCCCUCACAUCCCCUCAAGAUCUUUGAUGCGGCGAGGAGGGAGGAUCGGUUUCUCUAUGCCUGUGCGCCCAUGGUGCGCUACAGCAAGCUCGCCUUUCGCCAAACCGUACACAAGUAUGGCGUUGAUCUAUGCUGGACGCCCAUGAUUCUCGCCAAAGAGUUUAACAGGAAUCAAUUCGCCCGAGACAGCGACUUCACAAUCUCAACAACCGGCAUCCAACCCCCAACCAUCGUCCAGUUCGGCGCAAACGUGCCCCUGGAACUCGCCCGCGCGUCGACCCUCGUCGCGCCCUACGUCUCCGGCGUGGACCUCAACUGCGGCUGCCCCCAGUCGUGGGCCUGCGCGGAGACGCUCGGCGCGGCGCUCAUGAACAAGCGCGAGCUGGUGCGUGACAUGGUCGUCGAGACGAGGCAGCAUCUCGCGAGGGAUGGAUGGGCCGUCGGGCUGGAGAAGGAUGUGGACAGUCCGAGGGGCAGGAGCGUGAGCGUCAAGAUUCGCGUUCACGAUGAUUUGAGGCGAACAAUGGACUUCCUCGACACCGUCAUCGGUCACCCCCAGAACCGCCUCGUCGACUGGAUCACCAUCCACCCUCGCACCCGCCACACCCCCUCCACCACCCCCAUCCGCACCGAAGCCCUCGAGAUCCUCACCGAAAAGUACUCCCGCACGCUCCCCAUCCUCCUCUCCGGCGACGUCUUUGAUCUCGCCGCCCUCCCAAUACGAGCAACCUCUUCUCCCACAUCAUCUUCUUCUCCUUCCACCAUCGUCCCCCCUGACCUCGCCACUCUAACCCUCAAGGAAGAAAAUCAUCCCACAAGCACAUUCACUUCAGACACAGACACAGAUACAGACACAGCAGCAGCAGAAGCAGCAAAAGUCCUGCCAAAGCCCAGCAACACGAACCUCGCCGGCUUCAUGUCCGCCCGCGGCCUCCUCGCCAACCCGGCCCUCUUCGCCGGCCACCCCCGCUGCCCCUGGGAGGCCGUCGAGACCUUCAUGUGCAACGUCGCCCGCUGUCCCCUGCCGCUCAAGCUCGUCGUGCACCACGUCCAGGAAAUGUGCGGGCCGGGCAUGGGCGACGACAAGACUGCGCUGCUCAACAAGAAGGAGAGGGCGAGCUUCGUGGACUUUACAAACAUGGCGGAUCUGAUUGACUUUUUGGAUGAAAAGAUUGAGGAGCAUACGGGGCAAAAGGGGGGCAUGAGGAGAGAUUUGUAG